AUGGGGGGCCCAGGCCGGGAGUUGGGCUCGGGGCCCCCCCCCCGGCAGAUCAUUGGGGGGCCCGGGCGGGCGGGCGGGAGCUUCCCGGGGUCCCCGCGGCGGCGGCGGGGCGGCGGCGGAGGCGGAGGCGGCGGCGGAGGCGGAGGCGGCGGAGGAGGCGGGAGGCGCGGCGCACGCAGCUCCAGGCGGGGCGGCCCCGGCGCGGAGGGACGAGGCGGCCGCAGCGGGCCGGGCCGGGCCGGGCCGGGGGGCAGCAGCGGAGCGGGACGCGGGCCCAGCGAGCAGGCGGCGCGGCGGAGCGCGGGCCCGGGGCGCGGUGUGCCUGUGAUGAGAUUGCGCUCACGCGGCUGCACAGGCGUCCCCCCGAAGCGCUGUGAACGCCCUGGAAUGCCACUGCGCCCGAGCGAGCGUCUGAUGGAGCAUUAGCCGCGCCUGCCUGCGGACGAGGGUCGCU